AUGGUCAAAAGACCGGCGGGGGACAUUCCUCUGCCUGCUGCUAAGGUAUUGAAGAUGUCGGUUCCCCCACCGGCUAAGACUAUUCCAAAACAGCCUGCAGGAGGCAGGCCCACCACUGGAGGCAAAAGCCUUAGUGGAAUUGUUCCCACCAUUGAAGUGGUGGAUGAGGGUGUGAAGGAGCCGGUGGCUCCGGCUGGCCAGACUCAAACGGGUACUGGCUCAAACGCGGCUGGGGGUGAUUCUACCCCACAGUCCGACGAAGGUAUGACUUUUGCCUUUGAUCCCCCCUGGCCGCUUGGGCCUAUGCGAGCAAAGACCCAAGCUUGCCAAUCCGGGGAUUCUUCUGGCAGCCAUCAGAAUAUUGGCGAGGCGUAUGCUCAACACUUGACAGAUAAAUCUCUAAUUGCAGAUGCUACCUCCAGCCGGCCCAACUAUCAACAGUAUGCUAAGAGGAUGAUCCGGACCCUUAUCCGGACCGAGAAAGAGGCUGUGCCGGCUGUGCAUACAGUCAACAUUGACCGGAUCACUUCUCUCCUGGCUGAAGUGAUGCUGAGAAUUGACGGGCUUCAGGUCCCCUUGCGCAAGAAGCAAGAGGAGGUAACGGAUGCCCAGAGACGGGCAUCUGAGCUCAUUGAUGUUUCCCAAUACAAUGCCAUUAGAUAUGACCUGGAAACUAAACGGCGAGAGUUAGAACAGGAGGAAUUGCUGAAGCAAAUUAUUGCGGCUGCUGAGGCGGAAAAAGCGAGGGCGGAUGGGCUAGCUCUAAAGGUCAAUGAUCUUCAAGCCGAUCUCAAGGCUUUAGAAGGAGCUGACAAGGAAAACGCCGACCUUCGCGCUGACGUCAACCGGCUCAAAAAUGAACUUGCUUCUAGUCAGGCGGCUCAUAAAGAAGAGCUUAAAAAAGAACAAAGCCGCCUAAUUGCUGAGAACGAGACUGACAAUGAGGAGCGCAUGAAGCUCGCCUGGGGGCUCAUACACCCGGAUUAUGACUACGAGUUCUUCGACCUUAGGUACAAGUAUGCCUCAGAGGAAUGGGCAGGUUUGGUCGAAGAAGAGCAACAAGAGGAUGAGCAGAUGGCGCAGACUCAACAGCCGGCUCAGGAGCAGGUGCAGGAGCAGCAACAGCCGGAGCAGCAGCUAGAGCAACAACAGCAGCAGGAGCAGCAAUGA